AUGGAGGUGAACAGUCCGCACAACCCGCCCAGCCAGGCCAAUCCCCGAGCUCCCUUGCCCCCCUCAAGUGAUCCUCGCCUCAAGGGAACUCGCCCAUCGGUUGCGACAUCUUCUUUCCCUCGUCACUCUCCAAAAGCGCAGCCCUCUCCGUCCACCACUUUCCUACCUGCUCAUGACCAAGCACGACAUCCUCUCUCAAGAGAGGCCUCUGAUUUGACACCUCGCAUACAAUCCGAUUCUGCACAGAAGCUAGAUGGGUUGGACAUUAGCGGGUUGUUGCUUGAGUUCGUGGAUGCCCGAGCUUCAAGAAUGGUCCAGAUACAAGAAAGAACAAAACUUGAGAGAGAGGAGUCUUCCUAUCAACGUGACCUGGCAAGGGCAAGACAGACAAAGUCUUUCCCAGCCACGAUUGAAAGCUUGGAGACCGAUGCAGCUGCCUGUAAAAAUAGGCUGUCCAAGAUCAACCAUCUCAUCACCCGGCAACAAACUCGCUCAACCGAACUCAAUGAAGAUCUGGGAAAAUUUCUUCGGCAGAACACAAAUUUGCAGACCCCUCCAGCAACGGGCCCUCUCCAGCCUACCUCUGACACUGGCCAGAACAUGGCUAGAUUAGAAGAUGACGUGAGGAAGAUCAAACGAACAAUACUCAUUAAGAAAGAGGAUGACCUCCCUGACAAGCCCAUCGACAUCUUUAAAGUCUGCAACACUGUUGAGUCGCAAUCAAAAGCGCACACAACCUUCCGGAAAAGCAUCAAUGCUAUCGAGGAAUGGAGAUCUACUGCAGAGAAUGAAACAAAGCAGUUCAUGGAAGCAAGAACACAGCAAAUUCAGGAACGAGCUUUAUCAAGACUGGAAAUAGAUCGGCUCACAGGCCAGGCGCGCAAGACCACCGAAGCCCUCUCAGAUUUUAGAAAAUUCCUGCAAGCUAUUGACCAGACAGUCCAAAGACAUGAAAGCGUUGUCCGUACACUCACUGCCGAUCAAAAGAAUAUGGGAAUUGCACUAAGCACACAAAGAGAGCAACUGGAAUGCAUACUUGCAGUACAAGGGCAAAAUCUUUCCCAGUCACAAGUGCAAACAUUCUCUGGUGCUAUUUCCGAUUUCACCAAAAAAUUUGAUUAUACUUCUCAAAGGCUCGAUGGUCUAACAAAUUCCGACCAAGAGCGAGCUCCGUCUUCUGAAUUGUCUGCUGUCCUAAGGGAUAGGGUAUCGGAUCAUGAUAAAAUGCUCAUCAAGAUGAAAGAGGGUUGGGAUGAUCUUCUACGUCGAGUUCCAGCUCUAUAUGAGGCCUCCGAAGAGGUAAAGAAAUGCAGCAAGAGUUACGAGGGACUUGCUACAGCUCUUCGAUCUUUGGAACUACGAUACAACAAUAUCAAUACCGAGUCCAUGGUCACACAAAUGGCUCAUGUCAUACAAGAGAUGUAUCCAUCUGCCCGCCAGUUAAAUGAGGAAGUCGUUGCACUCAGAAAUUCCGUCAACCAGAAUAUACCAGGAAUCAAGACAGGCACCAAUUGGCAUCUUGACAAAAUCCAGGAGCUCCAAGCCCAGUAUGAUGCUCUCCACCAUGCAUUCUCUACUUCCCAGACCCAGUGUCUCAACACUGCAUCUGCAUCCAAGGAAAACAACGAAGCUUCGACGACAAAGUCAAAUGAACUGGAAGCGCAGCUCCAAGACCUGAAAACCCAACUUGAAGCUAUGCGGAAGUUAGUGGAUGAGCUACGAAUGCAGCCACCGACGGAAAUGCCUCCACAUUCUUCUUCGGCAGAGAACACUAGUGCCACGCAAGCCCAGGAAAUAUGCGACCAGAUGAGGGCAAUGCUUGACAAAACAAAGAGUGAAAUGGUAGAUCUACUGGCUGAUGUGAAUUCCAUGCUUUCAUCCCAGUCGACGGCUCUAGCAGAUGUCCAGGAGCCGAGCAGACGAAACCAAAAUCAAUCGCAGGAAUUGGAGUCGGCUCUUACCAACAAAUCUUCCUCUGGUUCCAGAGGGUCUGAAUCAACUACACAGCCCCCGUUUCGACAUUCGGAGCCUGGUUUCACAGAUCCCCUUCGCCAGUCUUCGGCGCGCACCCAACACAAUCAGGCUUCAGGAAUACAGCAAAAUGGCGGUGGUUUUCCAAGCUCCCCUCUAAAGACUGGUAGCUCUUCAAUAAACCCCCAAGCCCACCCGAUGUCUGCAGCGGUUGCAAGUAACAAACGUCUGAGAGACGAAUGCUCUGAUGAUGAUAGUCCAUCGGCAGCCGCCACCACCGCUAGCGAGUCGCCUGCGCCAUCUUCUAAUCCUGAUAUAAGGAUAGGUCAAAGGUCACAGAAGAGGAGGAAGAAGAAGAAGAUCAGGCAAAAUAAUUUGGGAGCUCAAGGGGUUUGA